AUGAGCUUCGGUUCGCGUCAUAUGGAUCAGUUUUGCAGUCAUGCAGAUCUCACUGAAGAGCAGGCCAGCAAUUUCAGAACGGUGACCGAGAACUGCCGCGCCGAUCUGGAUGAGCUCUUGAGCCUGGUCACCAAGGACGAGUCUGCAGCUGCAGCUGCAGCGAGCAAGAACGCAGUCCGUCACAGUCGAAACAUCUUCAAGCGGGUAUUUGGGCGGGUGAAGUUAGGAAUGGUGGCCACGGAGGAUACAUCCGGUUUGCGAGCGAGAAUGACCAUGCAUACGGUUGCGUUAGCCACGCUUAUAGGGAUUCAUGUUUCAUCAAAUCCCGCAAAGCGAGUGCAGUUUUGGGACUCGGAGGUCCUCAUCGUUAUUCUUGGGGCCACUGGGAGCGGCAAAACCACCUUCUUGAAUGCAGCUGCAGGCCCUGGCUUCGAUGAUACCUAUCGGCCGGACGUGGACCUGAUAAUGGAACUCGCAGACUACCUCGAGGUCACAUAUCGUGCUCAAUUCAUGACCUCCGGCGUCGUCUACAUGCAAAAUAUCGCCGCACCCCGCAUGACCGGCUCGGCUGUGAGCAAUCUGAACUAUCUUCGCAAGUUGUGCGGCAUGCAAUCGUUCAGCAAAAUUGCUUUUGUAACCACGUUCUGGGGUACUCAGUAUGACGACGAGUUGGGAGAACGUCAUGAGCAGGAAUUGAAGGAGGAGUUUUGGAGUGAGGAGAUUCGUCAUGGUGCCAAGGUCAGGCGUUUCUUCAGAGACGCAAAAGUUGUGCUUGAUAUCCAGAAGGAGCUGGUGGAAGAAGACAAGCCGUUUGGUGGAACAGCCGUUGGCGUAGCGAUCGCAGACAGUAUCAAGGACGGCAUAGGGUCAUUUCAACGAAGGCAAACAUUGGUGGACCGGGGGAUUGAAAACGCAGGUGCAGAUGAUCUGGAGUGGCUCGCAGAAGAAAAGAGAGACAUUAAGCAACGAAUCAGGGCUCUGGAGGAUCAAUUGCAGCAGUUGUCAGGAGGGAAAAAGCGUCAUCUUCAGUCGUAG